UCCUUUUCCUUUCCUGAAAACUCCUCGGCUUUAUUCUUAACCCUCAUUUUCAUUUUCUGCAAUCGAUGUGUUGUUCCUGUUUCCCAUGACGCUAUUGGGUCCUGUGCUUAACAUGAUGUCACGGAACGAUAAGAACGACGCACAGACCAACCCUCUCCCUCCAGCCUCGGCGUCGAACGCAUUCAUACCUCAAUCAACGUCUCUAACCACGCCUCAGACUUCCAUAUCAAUAUGGCGCAAAGUCUACAACAUACUAACGUGGGUUCCUCCAAGAUGUCGUUGGGACCCGGACAAGCCACCACAAUUCUCCAUAUCUAUGAACAUCCUUUUCGCCUUCGCUGCAGGGUUUACAGUAGCGAAUUUGUACUACAGUCAUCCGAUCUUGAAUAUCUUGGCACAGGACUUUGGAGUCAAGUAUGAAAAAGUGGCACAGAUUCCGACGGUGAUGCAGGCUGGUUAUGCGGCAGGACUGCUGUUUUUGUGUCCAUUAGGGGAUCUACUACCAAGAAGGCCGUUUGUGAUUGGGUUGGUGCUGUUUACGGCCACGAUGUGGCUUGGCCUCUGCAUCACCAAAUCUUUAGCAGUCUUCACGGCUAUCUCCUUCAUCGUUGCUAUCACAACCGUAACCCCGCAACUCAUGCUCCCUUUGGUCGGGGACCUCGCUCCUCCACACCGCCGCGCAACUGCGCUCUCAAUCGUGGUCUCGGGCCUGAUGCUCGGCAUUCUCGUUGCCCGCGUCCUUUCAGGAACAAUGACUAACUUCGUAACCUGGCGCUCUGUCUACUGGAUGUCUCUCGGUCUUCAAUAUCUCAUAUUCGUGAUGCUCUGGCUUUUCAUGCCCGACUAUCCGUCCACAAAUCCCACAGGACUGAACUAUUUCCAACUACUGUGGAGUAUUUUGGUUAUGUUGACCAAACACCCCGUACUGGUGCAGGCAUGUGUAACAGGGUUUUUCACAUCCUCCACAUUCACCUGUUUCUGGACUACGCUUACCUUCCUCCUCGCCGGACCACCCUACCGCUAUGACCCCUUGACCGUAGGCCUAUUUGGCUUGAUAGGCAUCGCGGCAAUGUGUUUCGGCCCGCUAUACGCACGUCUCGUAACUGAUCGCUUUGUUCCGCACUUGUCCGUCCUCGCUGGCGAGGCGCUCUGUCUCGCGGGCAUCUGUUUUGGGACUUACAUUGGGCGUUUCAAUAUCAGUGGUCCCAUCCUCCAAGCUGCGCUGCUGGACUUCGGAAUGCAGACUGCGCAGAUUGCGAAUAGGUCUGCUAUAUACGCUAUUGAGCCGAAGCGGAGAAACGGGGUGAAUACUGCGUUUAUGGUGUUUACGUUCUGUGGCCAGUUGAUGGGGACGGCGGCCGGGAGUCACAUUUAUGCGAGGGGCGGAUGGAUUGCGUCUGGAAGUGCGAGUGUGGGGUUUAUUGGGUGUGCGGUGUUGACCAUGUGUGUAAGAGGCCCAUGGGAGAAGAAAUGGGUGGGGUGGAGAGGCGGGUGGAGUAUGAUUAAGAAGGAUAAGAAGAGUGCGGAUGGGAAGACUGCUGAGGUGGCGCAUCAUGUGAGGGAGAAAGGGGACGAGGAAGUCGGACGACGGGAGUUCGGCGAGGAAGAGAAGGUUCUGGCUGAGUUGGCGGCUGAGGGUGGAAAUGAGGAACCGUUAAAGGAGGGAAGUGAGGUGGAAAAAGAGAGGGUUAGUGAGAAGAGUGGGAGGUCCAGUGGGGAGGAUGAGAUUAAGCCUGUGAAAAUCUGAGAGUUGGAUGAGAUACGGGGCUGUAUGGAGGAGCAUUUUGAAGCAGAGUUGCAUAGAUGUUUAGAACGAGCAUAAAUAGGCGUUUUAAAGUUCUUGUACUGGGUUGCUGUUUUCUAUUGAAUACCUGCGGGCUGUCACCUAGGUAAAACGGAACAAGAGAAGGAUCAGGUUUGCAACCGAGACUAGAUCCUCCUGGCUUCCUCUUUGAUUCCAGCGAGGGCUGAAAAAUCCGACAUACCGUAG